CCAGAACGCAUCUGGACUCGCUUCGAUUUUCUGACUGAUGCAUAUAUGCAAAGAAGCCGCUCCAACGGUAUUCAUUUUAACCACUCGGCCUAAUCUACCUCCCUCCGCCACAUGUCUCACAAUCAUAUGGCUUGCAGCAUCGGCAAGGAGGGCCCAAAUCUCGAUCGAUAGCUCUAGGGCACCAGAAAUUGAUCAGUGGAAAAAGGAUGCGCGCGCGAGACGGAGCCUACGGCAACGCAUCAUGAAUGUGGGAAAGCCAUGCUGUACCUACAGAUGAGAAGACUCACACAGAACGGCAGAGCAGCUUGCAGUAGUAGUAGUAGUACAGUGCAGUGCCGAACCGACUGUGCGUCAGCAACGGUCGCUAUCACAGCGCGUCUUCCUCAGCGGUUCAGAGUUCAGGCGAAUGGCACUAUUCGCCCGGGCCAGCUACUGCGACUCCGGUAGGCUUGCGCAAGAGAAUCGACGACAUGUCUCACAUCUCAUCAGCCAGGCAGGAUGUAGGCGGGUGGUGUGGUCCAUGCAACAUUCAAUGUUCGUGCUCCGACUUUGACAUCUAACAUUGCACACGCCCAGCCCGAUACCGUACCGCACAGCCAGCGUUUUGAAAGGCCGACGCAAUCAAGAGCCGCAAUCUCUUUCCGCAUGCGACCAAAGCCAUGGCGCUCGCUCGAGCGCCGCAUGGUCAAUGCGCAUGAUCUUCAGCAGCAACCCUGGCUCGAUCAGCGAGGUGCCUCUCGAAGUCCUUUUCGUGCAACAAAGCCCGAGCGGCUUACGUACAUGUGUCGAUACGUGGCUAUGUUUUCUGGAGCCAGGCCAUGCAAGGCGAUCGCGGUCUGGUGUGGAUCGAUCAUCACACUCAAGGUGGUCUGCAUACAAGCUCGGCAUUUUCUUGUCCGGAGUUACGUGCCUCAGCAGCGCAUGGCGCUCAGCUUGGCCGAGGUGAGCGAAUGAAUGCGUCAGAUGCGAGGAGCGCAGAUCUUUGGUCAAGGCACGCUUGGCAGUCGUCGGCCGCUCAGCACGGCAGAUCCGGAUGCAAACAGGAUCGAUCAGCAUCCGCGCUCACUGUAGAGAUUUGUGUCCUUGCUCGAGCACCUCAUCAAUCCGAAACCCCAUCAUCCGACCGUAGCCACCCACCCUCUUUUUUCUUUUUCUCGUUCUUGCGCGUCCUGCUUGCCUUCCUCGCUCGUCUCAUCCAUCUUCUUCUUCGUCGUACCGCCCACUCCUGCUUUACCACAUCAACUCUCGGUCUUCACCCACUCUUGCUCGCGACACCUGGCCGGGCAACGGCUCAGCGACAGCGAUCAUCUGGGAAGUCCAUUCAAUCAGGAGUACGGGCGAGCAGGGGCCUGUCAAUUGCGGAGGGUGAGGGAAUAUAUUGUAGGAAAGGGCACGAGACUUUCAAGUAUGUACGCGAUCGAUACGCACGUGACCAAGCACCAGUAGUUGUGCGGCACCCCUCAAGGAGCUAAC